GGAACAGAUAGAUUUAGAGUUUACAAGGCUUCUUAGAUUUCUCUUCCAGGCUGAUUUGACUCGUUCUCUACCGGAAUCACCACCACUGGUCCUCCCCAGUCCUUAGCCAUGUCUAAAGAUGUUUUGAAUUGAAGAAUGAGCUUCUAAAAGAAAGAUCAAAGAAUAAACAGGCAGAGUUCAAGGAGAACUUUGAAGCUAGGAAGAUGACUUCCUGCAGCAACACCUGUGGGUCCAGGCAAGCCCAGGCUGACACUGAGGGUGGGUACCAGCGGCGCUAUGGAGUUCGGUCCUACCUGCAUCAGUUUUAUGAGGACUGCACUGCCUCUAUCUGGGAGUAUGAGGAUGAUUUCCAGAUCCAGAGAUCGCCUAACAGGUGGAGCUCAGUAUUCUGGAAGGUCGGACUCAUCUCAGGCACUGUCUUUGUGGUUCUCGGACUAACUGUCCUGGCAGUGGGCUUUCUUGUGCCCCCCAAAAUCGAAGCUUUUGGUGAAGCCGAUUUCAUGGUGGUGGACACACAUGCUGUGCAGUACAACGGCGCCCUGGACACAUGCAAGCUAGUCGGGGCUGUGCUCUUCUGCAUUGGGGGCACAUCCAUGGCAGGGUGCCUACUGAUGUCUGUGUUUGCCAAGAGCUAUUCCAAAGAAGAAAAGUUCCUUCAACAGAAGUUUAAAGAGAGAAUUGCAGACAUUAAAGCCCAUACCCAACCCAUCACUAAAACUCCAGGCCCUGGGGACACCAAGAUCCCUGUCACUUUGUCCAGAGUUCAGAAUGUGCAGCCUCUAACAGCCACCUGAAAUAUUUGCCACCUCAGGCCUCCCAUCUCUGAUUCACACACAUCAUCAUUAAAAAAGGUAGCCAGUCAGUUUUUGAGGUAACAUGCAUUUGGCAGUGACCUAUCCCUAGAGUUGUGUGGGGCUGGACAAGGUGUCAUGCAGGCUUACGUGCAAUUCAGGUGACAGUGGAUGUUAUUUGUCAGUUCAUGCCCACUUCUAGUGGGUUCCGCCAGCCCUUCAUGAACUAGUCUCUCUGGUGUAUCAAUGUUGUGUUAUUUUCUGUUACUUGAAAGCACUGAGUAGUAUAGACCAGCCUACCAGUCAUCAACGUGAUCCACUUCAUUCUCUAAUAAUAGGUUUUUCUGGUCCUUCCGUGUGGUGCUGUCUUCCAUGCCUAUCUCUGUGUAUGAUAUCAUCAUUACAUGUUCCUAGAAUCUCUGUCUCCUGCUUUUCAUCCAGAUGUUAGAGUUUUAACUCUAUCUUAGCAUAAAAGUCCUAAAAGUGAACAAGAAUUUAUCAUUGUUCCAUGUAAAUCAUUUUGUUUCCUCCAGAUGUUGUUCCUUUUCACUUAAGUAAAAUUGCCAAUUUUGGAAUCUUGGUAAAAGCAACAUCAACAAUGAUACUGGGAGUAUAUAUUCAAGCAGCAAUUGAAAACAGUUAAAUAAUGGAAAACUUGAGUUCCUACCAUUAACUUUGCCAUGUGAAAAAAAUUUGUUCCCAGGGCCUCAGUUUCCCCUCCUGUGUAUGAGAAUUUAAGAACUUUCCCUGUUCAAGUAUCCAAAUUUAUUUUCAUGUCACUGAGUCUCCUGAGGAUCUUGUGAUGGUCUCCUGUUGGGGUAUCCUCAGAACUGGACUCCUGGUUUCCUCUGCAUAUUUUACAGUAUUUACCAGAAAUAGCCAACCAAGCAGGCUGGAUGAUGCCCAUGUGUUCCUAUAGAGACUUGCUAUUCUCAAAUAAGAAGCCCCAGGUUGACAUUAGCCUUAAAAAGCAUUUUAAUCCUCAAAUAGGAAAAACUGAGCACCAGAUCCCAUUGUCCCCAGAUCCCUUUGUCCCUUACAUUUUCAUUUCAUCUGCAAAUGUAGAUUAGGCAGAGGAAAGAGAAAACUCUGACUUUGGUAUUCUCUCAACUGUGUUCCUUAGAGUUUUGACUUUGUAUGUAUACAUAGUCUUCAUUUCAACGGUAAAUAACACGUGCGAAUGGACCGGACCAGAACUGCACUGUCAUCCCUCCAGUGUGUCUCUUUUCUCUCCCAACAUGUAACUUUCCAUUCCGAGACUGAAUAAGCUCUGAUGUUUCCCUGACUAAAUGGAAGAGUAAAUGAAGCAAUUAGUGGUC